AUGGCACAAAUAUUUAAUACGAUAUUAGCAACACUAAUUUUUAGUGCUUUUUUUAUCAGCCGUUUUUCAAACGGACAACUUACUAAUGAUUUUGGUUCACAAUUAAUGUCCCUUCAAGAUUUUGGUGAUGACUACAAUAAUGCAAUAUUCGCAGACAUUGAUGGAGAUAAUGAAAAUAGUUAUGAGAGUAUGGCUAAACGAGCACCAUUAGACCGAUCAGCGUUAGUCAGAUUCGGAAAGAGAGCUCCACUUGAUCGGUCAGCAUUAGUCAGGUAA